AUGGCGUUUCGAUGGGCGAUUCAAAUGGCAUUGAGAAGAGGAGGAGGAGGAGGACAACGACUACUCCUCACUCAACAUCAACACCAAAAUUAUCAAUUUUUCAAGACCUCCUCCUCCACUCAAUUCUCAACUCGAAAUUCUCAAAUUCUGGACCUCGACACGCCCCAAAAAUCGCCAAAUUUCUCGGAAAAUUCCAAAAACAAGAAAUCGAAAAAAAUCGAAUGGAGUACGGGAUCCAUCCUAAUGCUAGGCCUGCCAGCAUUCGCAUUUUCAUUGGGAGUUUGGCAAAUUUAUCGAUUGAUUUGGAAAUUGGAACUAAUUGAGCAUUUGAAAUCGAGACUCAGUCAGGAGGCAAUUGAAUUGCCUGAUGACUUGAGCAGCUCCUCCCUGGAACCGCUGGAGUACUGUAGAGUACGUGUCACCGGUGAAUUCCUCCAUCAAAAAGAGUUCGUUAUCUCGCCACGUGGCAGAUUUGAUCCGGCGAAAAAGACGAGCGCAUCGGUUGGCUCAAUGCUGUCGGAAAACGAGAUGAGCAGUCAUGGAGGACACCUGAUUACACCGUUUAGGCUCAAAAAUACAGGAAAAGUGAUCCUAAUCAAUCGAGGUUGGCUUCCGACGUUUUAUUUCGAUCCGGAAUCGCACGCAAAAACCAAUCCACAGGGUACAGUAAUCCUCGAAGCGAUUGUUCGAAAAACUGAGCAACGUCCGCAGUUCGUGGGUCAGAAUGUUCCAGAACAAGGCGUCUGGUACUAUAGGGAUCUGGAGCAGAUGGCAAAAUGGCAUGGAACGGAGCCGGUGUGGUUGGAUGCGGCAUAUGAAACUACGGUCCCGGGUGGUCCUAUCGGCGGUCAGACCAAUAUCAACGUCCGCAACGAGCACAUGAACUAUUUGACGACGUGGUUCACACUGACACUGGUCACCAUGCUCAUGUGGAUUCACAAAUUCCGGAAAUAA